CAUGCUCUUAUGUUGUAUUUUGUAGUCUCUCUGAUGAACACAGUCACAGAGUCAGAGACGCUUGUUCAUCACGUUGCAGUUGCAGAUAUAUCUCAACAUCUCUUAAUUUUUUGCUGAACGUUGAAAAUUUCGAACCUCUGGUGUGAGUUUUAAAGGAUGGUGUUUUAUCGCGGCGUAUCAGCCAUUUCAAGGCUUCGGUCACGAGCCGUGCAACAAUCUUCACUUAGCAACUCCGUCAGAUGGCUCCAGAUGCAGAGCUCUUCUGAAUUGGACUUGAAGUCGCAGAUGCGAGAGAUAAUUCCAGAACAACAGGACCGUUUGAAGAAACUGAAAUCAGAACAUGGAAAGGUUCAAUUGGGGAACAUUACUGUUGAUAUGGUACUUGGUGGAAUGAGAGGGAUGACUGGAUUACUUUGGGAAACCUCAUUGCUUGAUGCUGAUGAGGGAAUACGCUUUAGAGGCAUGUCGAUUCCUGAAUGCCAGAAAGUAUUACCUUCAGCUCAAUCUGGAGAAGAGCCUUUGCCUGAGGGUCUUCUGUGGCUUCUGUUAACUGGAAAGGUUCCAAGUAAAGAGCAAGUUAAUGCUUUGUCAAAAGAGUUGGCUCAUCGUGCUGCUGUUCCAGAUUAUGUUUACAAAGCUAUAGAUGCUCUGCCUUCGACAUCUCAUCCAAUGACUCAAUUUGCUAGCGGUGUUAUGGCCCUUCAGGUUGAAAGUGAGUUUCAGAAAGCAUAUGAGCAGGGUGAUGUUCAUAAGUCAAAGUUCUGGGAGCCAACCUAUGAGGAUGCCCUAAACUUGAUUGCUCGUGUCCCUGUUGUAGCUUCAUACGUUUAUCGGAGGAUGUACAAGGAUGGUAGCAUCAUUCCAUUAGAUGAUUCUUUGGAUUAUGGUGCAAAUUUUUCACACAUGCUGGGAUUUGAUAGCCCUCAGAUGAAAGAGCUCAUGAGGCUUUAUGUCACUAUCCAUAGUGAUCAUGAAGGUGGAAAUGUUAGUGCUCACACUGGUCACCUGGUUGGGAGUGCACUUUCGGAUCCAUAUCUUUCGUUUGCAGCUGCAUUAAAUGGUUUAGCUGGGCCACUCCAUGGUUUGGCUAAUCAGGAAGUUUUGUUGUGGAUCAAAUCAGUUGUCGAGGAAUGUGGAGAAAAUAUAUCAAAGGAACAACUGAAAGAUUAUGUUUGGAAAACGUUAAACAGUGGCAAGGUUGUUCCAGGAUAUGGCCAUGGUGUUUUGCGUAAAACGGAUCCAAGAUAUGUAUGCCAAAGAGAGUUUGCUUUGAAGCAUUUACCUGAUGAUCCUCUUUUUCAGCUGGUCUCAAAGCUUUAUGAAGUGGUGCCUCCUAUUCUAACUGAGCUGGGAAAGGUCAAGAACCCCUGGCCUAAUGUUGAUGCUCAUAGCGGAGUGCUACUGAACUACUAUGGUCUAACCGAAGCAAGAUACUAUACUGUGCUUUUUGGCGUCUCAAGGAGUCUCGGCAUCUGCUCACAGCUGAUAUGGGACCGGGCUCUUGGACUGCCACUAGAGCGGCCAAAGAGUGUAAACAUGGAGUGGCUCGAUAACUUCAUGCGCUUGAAACGCUAAGUUGAUCCCUGACUGUACGUGGUUGGUCAAGGUUCUCUCUUUCAUGAAAGCAGCAUUCUCUUCCAUUUGAAUGGGGUAGCUUUUGGCACUUUUAGAGAAACAAACGAGUUUGAGUCUAAAUUUUUCUCUUCAGAGUUUUCAUUUUGGUUCUUCCGCUAAAAACAAUGAUGUUAAAGAAGUGAAGAAAAGGUCUUUCUCAAAUUGAGACACCGUAAUAUUUA